UUUUAAACUUUUGAAUAGGGAUUAUUUCACUGUAUUAAACUUCGAAAAUUCCGUUUCAAUUAAGACAUUAUGCGAGUCUCUCUGAAUAAAUGAUGCUAAACUGCUUUUGAUUUACUAGAAUUUUUUGUCUGCAACUAUGUGUAUCAAGUAUGAAGACGGACCUUGAAAGGACCGAAGAGUAAGGGAGUUUAUUAUACAUAUAUAGCUGAAUCCGUGGGGAUAACUUACAGUAAGAGUGCCUGAUUUCGUUUGGUUAACAUGUACGCAAUUAUCACCUUAAUUGCUCUUGCAAUUUCAACAGCUCAAGCAGCUAUUGCAGGAUAUGGUGGCCAUGGUUAUGGACAUGCCGGUAUAGCUUAUGCAGCUGCUCCAGCGGUUUCAGCUGCAGUUGUGCCUCAAUAUGCAGAAGUGCAAGCAGCUCCUGUAGCUUACGCUACAGGAGACCAUGGACAUGAUGUAGAUUAUUAUGCUCAUCCAAGAUACAGCUACAACUAUGGUGUAGCUGAUGGACUAACUGGAGACAGCAAAUCUCAGUCGGAAUAUCGAGACGGAGAUGUGGUUAAGGGCUCUUAUUCAGUAGUUGAACCUGAUGGCUCAAUUCGUGUUGUGCACUAUACGUCUGAUGAUCUUCAUGGAUUUAAUGCGGUUGUGAAAAAAAUUGGCCCUAGUUAUCAUCCAGGAAGCGUAUCCCAUGCUCCAAUAGUUCCAGCUGCGUAUGUAGCUUCAGCUCCAGCUCCACUUCCUGGAUAUUCAGGACCAUUUUCACAUGGAGCUUUAGGCGGAUAUGGUGGAUAUAAAGUUUAAUGUUAACAAUGUACUUUAUGUCUCUUACAUUAAAUAAAACAUUGACAUAUUU